AUGGCGUCCUGGAUAGCCAAACCGUGGAUUGAACAGGCUUUGAUGAGCGAGACCGGAAAGAACCUUCCGAAAAUUGCUAGAGCUCAGAUACUUAAGGUAGGCAAAACAUUUUUAUGAACAGUUGGGUCAAAUGUUUCACAAACGUCCAUGGAUCAGGAAACAACAAAUAGCGCCAAAUUCAAGAAUUAAUGAUCAUGACAAGGAUCGCAAAUAUAUAAUGCGUCGCUUAGUGGAGGUGGGUGCCCUGGAUAUCCAGGGGCCUCCACUUUCGGCAAAGCCAGCUCAUGGCUGGUAAACCUGCGCCUUCGAGCCAUGAGCCCCCACGCCAACGAAACCAGGCACCAGUCACAGUGAUUUAUCAGUGGAAAAAAUAAAGGCGGGUUGGGGAGGGAUGGGGGUGAAAGAAUGAUCCAAAGGCUAAACGAAGAGAGUGGCCGCCAGGAAAUGCUGUAACAAGCACAUGGAGAUGAUGUAAGCAAGGUUGAACACAACCACCGCACUGACCGCUGACUGACGCCUACACUCCUCUUAACUGUGUUAAAUUUCAUUUAACUACAUUUAACUGGAUGCUUAUUGUUCAGUUAAGUUUGUAAGUUCAGUGUUUUUGAUCAUUUACUUUUGAUGUUUGCAAUCUGUAGUUGCCCCCUAAAACAUCACAUCCAGGGCAGUAGCCAGGGCUGGAGCUCCUGUAGGUUUUAUCCUUUUACCUCUUAGAUGCCAGUAUAAAAUUGGGCUAUUGAGUUUAAUAUCAAUAUCCUUCCCCCUCCCCCCCCCCCCUACCCCCGGUUGAGGAUUUGCCUUUUCUUCUUACCCUUGCAGAUUAAAUGAAAUUGCAUUCACCCCCAAAGACUUCCUUAAAAUAUGAAGAACUGAAGGACAUUGGUCUACCCCUAAAAAAUAUUAUGGGAAUUAAAGCUUUAUCCCCAAAGAAUUCCUUUUUUUAUUUUUACAUUACCCCAAAAGAAAUCCUCAAUUUUUUAUUAUUUACCCAUGAAGAAUUCAAGCGGUCCAUUAGCCAUGUGUAUCAGGCCUUUGUAAGGGGUUAAGGGAGAGAAGAUUUUUGAAAGGGAAGCGGGAAAGGGGCUAGGAGUAUCAGACCUUCCUAAGGGGCAAUACUCAGGCUAAUAGUCCAGUCAACCAGGGGGCAGAUACUGUAAAUUCCGAAAGUAAGCCCUGGGGCUUAUACUUUUCAAAGGCAAUUUUUGAGGGGCUUAUGUUUGGAGAGGCUUAUGUACAGAGGGAAAUUUGCGUUUAAAAAGCGACUGGGCUAGCCUUCUUCUCGGAAGGAAAUUUACUGUUUUUCUUUGUUUUACUUUGUAUUUGACGGAAAUUUCCAAGUACAAUACCCCCGGGAGGCUUAUAUUUGGAGGGGCGAUUUAACAGGGUUUUUUGCAUUACAAGUUUGUGGGGCUUAUAUUUGGAGAGGCCUUUACAUGGAGGGGCUUAUUUUCGGAAUUUCACGGUUUAUAUUCAAUUACAGCUGUAAGAUGCAAUAGCCCAUUCAGGUUUAACAUUUAAAACCAAAGUUGGUUCUUAACUGUAGUUUCCCUUUUCAUAUAGUAUCUAUGAAUAUUUAGGAAGGGAGACAAAGGAAAUUGAAACUCAACCAAAACAUUUUAACCUGUUUACAUUAAUUUUUGACAUGUACAUAUUGUGAUUGUACAUUUUUGGUUUUCUUUUGCUUUUCAGUUUGAUGAAACAUCUCACUACACCAUUGCCUUUAUCAGUGAUAAGGAAUUUUUUGUAAAAGCUGUUUUCUCCCAAGCUGCUGUUGACCAGUUCAAACGGUAACUUUGGAAUAAUUAACAAUUAUUCCUCGAGCCCGAAUGGGCUCUUAGUCGAUAGCGGGCUAUUGACUCAGAGGCCGUGAGGGCGAGAGGAAUCAUUUUUUUAGUAAAAUCCAACUAGCUGGUCAAAAAUAUCGAGAAUAAAAAAACUUUAGCUACUUAAAGCUAGACUUUAAUCCUUUUUUGCGGCCAAAAAGCCCACGCUUUUCGCUACUAGUGGGCUAUAACAUAUAGCCUAGUAGUAGCUCAACCAAUCAGAAUGCAGCAUUAAUAGUAGACCACUAGUUGGAUUUUACUAAUAAUUUAUAUGUGCUGUAUCAUAAAAGAUGUUGACUAAAUUCACAUCUACAGCUGUCAAGCCCUGCUUUACGGACGCCUGCUUGAUACAGUCACCUCAUUAUUAUGGAUAAUUUGCUUUGUCCCUUGGGAAAGAAAGCCCUUACGUUUUCUCUAAGUUCAAGCCACUUAAUACGGACACCCCAUUAAUAUGGUUCCCUCAGUGUGCUUAUUAACAAGGUUUGAUCGUAUUGAUAAAUGAUCAAAAUCAUCUCAAGCACUACUUUAGUCAUUUUUUACCAACCUUAGUAAGAGCUGUGGAUGAGAAUGUCUGCAAUUACUUAAGCUUUUAGGUGUUGUCAGUCAUCAUGAAAAUGGCCAUCAAAAUAAUAAUUAUAAUUUUAAUAAUAAAAAGUCUACUGCAACCCUUGGAUAACCUUCCUUGCAAUUUUCUUGGAAACAAGUGCAUUAAAUGGUACGAAAUUCAAGGACUGAUCCAAGAAUAUUUUUGGUGAGGGUUCCAAGAUGGACAGCAUUUUUAACCUAGGCUGAUUCUCAACCUCCUUUGUCUCCCACCCCCGAUUCAUGAACAAUUGAGACAAGGGAAAUAGAGAAUCAACCUAGGUUAAAAAUUUUAACCUGAAGUUUUAAUUUUGACCUGUAACAUAGACAUAACUGUAUAUUUUCUCCUCUCCAUUCAAAAUUCUCUCUUACUGAUUACACAGUGGUAACAUUAUGUUACAGUACCACUCAAAAGUAAGUUACCAGUCGUGUCUCAUUCCCUGUGCGACGAGAAUCGCGUUGCGCGAGAAUCAUUGAACCAGCAAUUUUUGGCGUAAAUUAUUGACGAUAUGUCCAGCAAGAAACCAACAAACAAUAUUUCACUUAGCGUUACCUUGAAGACUAAGGAAAACAGGCAUUAGAUUUGGUGUUAAGUUUCUUUCAAGAAGCUUUCUUUUAGCUUGUCAUUAGCACACUGUUUAGUUUUCGGCUUUGUUUCCGAUUGAUUUUGACUCUGCACUUGGUCAUACUGUACGUUUCAUAUAAUAACAUUUCCAACUACAGGUAGUGUACUGAUCUCGUAUGCUAAACUAACCACAUUGAAAAGACAAGUGAAGGUAAAGAGUGAGGAGAGGUUUACGUUUUGACAGUAUGUGUACAAGUCAUGUACAUCUGUAAAUGUAUGUUUUUCCUCUUUCAGAGAUAACCCAACCCUUUCAAUGGCAGACAUUCAAGGUGGCCUGAUCUUUAUUAAGAAGUACUCCCUUGAAGCCACAUGUACAACUGAAAAAGAUUUGGUAUAGCUGAAUUUAUUGUUAUUGUUUUUAGUAUCAAUAGUUUUCAAUGUUCUUAUCACAAUACUUUAUAGUUACCUACCCACGCAUGGGACUGCACCUCAUGAUAGGCGCUCCACAUUUUCAAUAAACUCUUAUUUUUGCUUCCUUCUCCUUAAAUCUUCAGUAGACUCUUUUUAGUUCAAAUAAAACUUGCAGAAUUUACUUUGUAACAACUGACGCAUCUUGUACUUAGACUAAUGCCCCAUUCGCAACUAAACAUGUUUAAUUAAACCAGGUUUUAAAAAAUGACAAACAGACGAGGAAAUCUGGAACACAGGUUUUCACACAGGAUUCAAAUGAAAUUCAACGUUUUUUGUAAUCUGCAAACAACUUAAGUCAGUAAGCAGCUUAGGAAACAAUUAUUAAUUUAAACUGUGUUUAACUAAACAGCUUUUAAAACAUGUUUAAGCUUUGGUCUGAAGGAGCCUUAAGUUUUAUUUACCCUCGUGUAAACAGCACACAACAAAGUAAGCAACACAGCUGCAAGCCUAUAACAACCUAUACCAGUAGGCCUUGCUUCAUGGUAAUAAUACAUCCAUUGCAAUGAUCGCUACAAUGUACUUCGACCUUUUUCAGAGCACUGCUGAGUUUGUGAUGAAGAUAGAUCUGUUCAAGUUUGCUGGUGGUGAAGGAAACACUCAGUUUGGAAGUGAUGUCGUUGACAGCUCAAAAUAUCCCCCUCUACAGCCUAGACUGCAUGAGCUAUGUACAGUAUCACAGUUCAAGACUCUGCUCUAUGAUAAAAGCUUUGAUGCCAGAGAGGCAGAAGGUGGAAACAAGCUUUCUAGCAUCAAAGAACUUGAGAGAACCUUGUUAGAAAACCACGAACCUGUCUUUAUACCUGAAGACAUGGAAAAGAAAUUGGCUACAAUUCCAGGUAAAUUAUUUCCUUUAUGAACUUUAUGAAUUUGGCAUCCAAUAGACUGGGUUAUCCUUCUUUAACUGAGCAUUUGAAGCAAAAAAAAUAAGUUACCGGUAGGUGAAGGCAGGACAUGCCCAGACUAAAUGGAAACCUGCUUGCCUCUAACAUUUUUUGCGUUAUGUGUUGACCAGACUAGACGAGAAACAAUAAUACCAUAAAAAGUAAUAAUAUUAUUUGUAGUAAUAACAAUGUAUACCUCAAACACCUUCAAUUUCAGAUCUUUAAGUCUCGGGGCAAUUCUGGCAGUAAUUUUGAUGUGGCUAAAUCAUGCCAUUUAGGCGAGGUUAAAAACAAGACAAUGCUGGCCAGCAGUCUCCACCACUAAUCGUAUGUGGGGCGGUCUUUGGGUUUAGUGGGAUAUUGCUCACUAGAGGUCGUGCCCUAAAUAUUUAAUUCUAUUUCCCGUUAAAUCAAAAAAUUAUCAACCUCUAGUCCUGUGAGGCCUCAAGUGUACCUUUAGUUUAGUUCCAAUAUUGAUCAAUGAAGUCCUAUAGUAAUCUAGUUUCUCUAUCAUCUUUGAUUUUAGUUUUUUAUUUUAUAUUAGUAUAUACACACUCAGUGAUCUUGGUGAUAUAAGCAAUCUGAUUGGUUCACUAUCUCGGACUAUUCAACAAUAUUCACCUCCUAGUGAGUGCAUAAUGUGUGAGCUCAGUGUUUUUUAGAGAACAAUCUUUUAAAAGUCGGCAAAAUCCUAGGGUUGCCUUUUUUAAGACAAGGUAAGACUUGGAAGGAUUCAAAAUGGUGUUUUUCCAUUUACUGUGGCUGAAUUUUGUGCUCAAUGGAUUGUUUACAACUCCUGUUCAUUCGGGUAGAAGAAGCCGUUUCGUGAACUUAGUGUUUCCUAACAAGAAAAUUGGCCCAAAAUCAAAGUUUAUUUAUGACAAACAAAUUUGAAAGCAAAUGUUUGCAGAAAUUCUACGUUUCAAGUAAAUAGGAAAAAGAAUGCUACAGGAAGACAAUGUCUUACCUCGAGCAACCGAGCCGCCAUUUUUGUCAGCACUUCAUGCAAACAACGACACUACAAACCCUUUUGGCUAUAAACUUGGUGAGUCAACAGUAAACAACAAAGCUCUACUUUUCUUCUCACGUAAGGAAACAAGUCAAACUUUUAACGGUUCCAUUUAAGCCAUUAAGCUGUUGUUUGCGGAGUGAUAAACUUGUGAAACGCCAUGUUUGAAAAUUCUGUAAAGAUCUAUUUUUAAACUGCCACGCGAUUUGAUCCGGCAAUAUUAUUAAAUCAUACUUUUUAAUGGUUUCCUCUCUGAUUUUGUUGAGAUCACUUUGUGUGUAUAUACUAAAACAAUUAUUCUUUUCAAUCUUGGUAAAUAUUCAGCCACUAUUCACCUCGAUUUCAAAGAAAACUUGUUAAGUAUUGAAUCUCAUGGGGAUAGCAAGGGUGGCGCAGUAGUGAGAGCACUCACCUCCCAUCGAUGUGGCCCUGGUUCGAAUCCCGGCGUCAAUGCCAUAUGUGGGUUGAGUUUGUUGUUGGUUCUCUCCCUUACUUCAAGGGAUUUUUCUCCAGGUACUUCGGUUUUCCCCUCUCCUUAAAAAUCAACACUUCCAAAUUCCAAUUCGAUCUGGAAUGCAAGGACAUGUGUCAACGAGUUCUUAAAAACUCCUAAGUGCUCUAUGGGUAAACAAAUUACCAUUUUUUUUUUACAUUGUACAGGUAACAGACUGACUUUCGUUAAUACUAUAUAUUGUAACUUUACCACACUCUGUUUUUACCCUCUUUUAGAAUGGCAACCAAGUUAUCAUCCACCACUUUCUUGCAAUAUGCAAAGUGAGGUGACAUCAUUUAGUGACACACUAUCAAGUGGCAGAGGACAAGCUCAAAUUUCUGCUUCAUUCAUGGCUGUAGAUUGUGGACGGUCGAUACAAGUUCAGGAAAAAAUAAUCAUUCCAAGGUCCUUGUCUUCAAGUGAGAAUAGGAACUUUUCGCAAUCCCAAACUACAUCCAAAGAUAAGGGUUUCCGCAUUGAAAAAACUGUUGAAGAAACAAUUGGCAGUAAAUCACAGAAGACGUCUGAUUGGACAAGAGUUGCAUGCAGCUUACAAAAAAGUUCAACAUGGAGACAAGAAAGUUCUUCACUGUUUAAGGAAAUUAAGGGUGCCCUUUCAAGUAUAUCUACACUAGAGAAACAAAACCAAAGAGAAGAGACUGUGUUCAGAUUUGAUGAUACUGCUGCUUAUCUGGAGAGUUGUAGAAAAUCUGUUAAUUCUUGUUCUUCACCCACAAGAGGAGAACAAUCGGUGGCUAGUUCUUCUCAGAGGUUGCUAAAACCAACAACUAAACAAACAGAUGUUAAAAGAUUAGAAACAUGGGAAUUUCUUGGUGAUGACAAUUCUAAUCAAGUCAUGGAGAAGGCUAGAAAUGGGAAUUGUCUUAAGAUGGCAGGUAAAAAUAUUCCAUCAUCCAAAGGAUACUUGCCUGCAAGUUAUGUGCCAAAAAGGUCCAACCAGGCUGGGAUGUUACAAGGAUUAGGUCAAUAUCAUUUUCCAGAAUAUCACAUUAAAGGAAAAGGAAAUGACCUUGCUACAGAGCAAGAGGAAAUUGCUAGUGCAUUGAUAAGCAGUUAUGUAGUCUCUUCUUCCCAAAUGAGUGGAAAAGUAACUCCACCUUUAAGGGGUGUAGUAGCUGAAGAUCAGUGUUCAUCCUUAAGUGAACAGUCCAAACUAAAAGGAAGUAGUGAGGAAUCAUUCUCUAUUCUCAAAGAAAGGUCACUACCUUCUUCAGAAAAGAGGUCCCCCGAGAUUUUUGUUGUUCCAUCAAGUGAUAACAGUGAGGAGUAUGAACAAGCACUUCCAAGUGUUUUACCUGGACAUGCUGCUAAACAUUUGGGUUGUUCUUUAUCUGAAUCUCAGCUAGAAAAAUUACUUGAAAGUAGCAUUUCCUAUGAUGUAGACAGUGCACCCCCUUGUGCUGGAAAUGAAACUAGAGAAAGUCAGGAGGAUUACAUGUACACUAGAAUUAAACAAGGGCCUUUAACACGGAGGGAAUCCACUUCUCAGCGUAAUCAACUUGGAAUCACAAAGGUGAAUCCUGAUUCAUCACAGUUGAAAAAUAGUACUGCUAGUGAGCCUUGCAUAGCAUCAAAAAAGAACUUGUCUCCAAUUCACAGCAUGGCAAAUAGUUCCUUGAAAGAAAAGUAUAAACACAAAGGCAAGGGUUUGGAAGUUAACACUGGACAAAGUAACAUUGAUCAGACUUUGAGUAAACCGCUGACAAUGAAUUUUGAUGAACUGUUUAGCCAAAACACCUGGCAUUUCUCUCAAAUAUCUGACAAAAAGCUGUCUGUUAAUGAGGCUGAAACUGACUUUCAUCAAUCAAUGAAAAGAAAGAGAUCUGAGAUGGAAGGUCAUGUACAAUCCAUUCCCCCCUCAUCUGAAGGUAGACAGGGGAAUAAAGUCCUUUUGAGUGACAGUCCUGCUAGUCCAGGUUAG